AUGAAAUCUCUUCUCAAGCAACUCGCCGCAACCGCUGCCUUCGUCGCUGCUGUCUCUGCUCAGAGCUUCACCGUCAACACCCCUGCCAACCCCGUUGUCUGCCGUCCCCUGUUGAUCCAGUGGACCGGUGGUGAAGCCCGCAGCGUCCACCCAGGAAACCAGCCUACUGCCGCUCCUAUCGUCGACUUUGGUGAGCAAGAGGGCAACAGCUUCCGAUGGGUCGUCAACCUCGAGCCCAACACCUCCAUCGGCAUCACCGUGACCGACUCGACUGGUGCCCGAGCUCAGACCGCUCCCUUCAGCGUCGCUCCUGGUCCCGACACCAGCUGCGUUGGUGAAGAGCCCGAUGAGGAGUCUUCCACCGUCGUUCCCUCCUCCACUGGAGCCUCUGGAACAUCGACUCCUUCCUCCAGUGCUCCUUCCACCAGCCUCCCUGCUACCACUCCCACUCCCACUGUUACCUCCGAUAGGACUACCACCACUCCCAUCUCGAGGUCCUCUUCCGCUCCAGCGACCCAGUCCUCAGCCCCCGCUGAUGAUGACGAUGAUUCCUCCGCUUCUGCCAACUUCGCACCUGCUGCCCUCGUCGGUCUUGCCGGAGCUGCUGUCGCUCUCUUCGCUUAAGCGAGCAUCCCCCUCCAAUGUAGGCUGAACGAACACUUCUUCUUCCCGGACAAAUCCUCGUUCGCAGUUUGAACUUCGAUUAUCCAGAUACCCGAACUCGAACUGCUAGUCUUUCUUCCGUUUUCGCAGAUUGCUAUUACCAGUUCUCUCCCUACGUACCCCACUCUCUUCUACUCGUUACCCUUUCAUGUUCUAAUUUGCUACGAACCUGGCCAUUCUCGCGAAGGGCUCACGAACUUCCUUGGACGCCUAACACCUGUAUUUUUGUCGUCACACUUGUUGUACACAUUACCCUUUUACGAGCAGAGACCCUUUUGGUGUUCGUUAGCACAGGAAUACCCUCCUUUUGUACUUAGUAUUUAGUAUCCACUUUUACCUCGUCCCAGUCUUACUUGGUGUUCUUUUCCAUCAUCUGCGAGUUCUCAGUGUCAGCUUUUGGAU